CUCUUCCGCCCAUCUCCAUAACCCUGCCAUUCCUUUCGCGUCAAUACUCCACUUCUAACAAUAUCUUUUGCUGUCUUUUAUAUUGAGCGUUUCACGGCUGUUACUUAUUGCUCCUUCUUUUCUGCUCACAGCGAUCCUGACCACGACAGUUUAUUUGAGCCAUCCCUUGUUUACGCAGUUAUGGCUCUAACGUCUCAUCUGCCCCGGAUCAAAACCGGCCUUCAUGGCGCCCAGGCCCUCUUCACCUUGGUCGCCCUCUGUAUCACGAUCACAUACAUGACCAAGCGUUCACGAAAUGGCGGUCCCAUUCAGUGGUACAUUGCUUUGUGCUUUUUGUCCAUUCCACCGAUGAUUUACAACAGCAUGACACUUCUUUUUGCUCGCUCACGCAGCUGGGGCAACGCAUACGUAUUCGCCGGACUCGAUGUAUUAUAUGCUAUCCUAUGGCUCUCAGCUUUCGCAUCCGUCGCUGCCUGGAACAGCAACGGAUACUGUUUCGGCGCAUGCAACUUUUCAAAGGCCAUGGUUGGCUUUGGGUUUUUCAUAUUUGCUCUCUGGGCUCUCACAUCAGCCAUCUCCGUCUACGGCGCAAUCUACUACCGCAACCACGGCUCCCUGCCCGGCGCGCGGAUACCAAACAACGCAGCAAUGAUCGACCCCGACCGCGAGGCUUUCUCCACUUUGCCACACGACGACGAAUAUGCCCCCGUCCACGGCAAUGACAAGGACGAGCUAGACCGCCUAGGUCGCUUUGAUUCCGAACUCCCAGGCAGCAGCAGCAGCCACCCCUUCGAGCCCGCGAGCUACGAUAACGCCUACGCGAGGCCUGGCGCUGACGACGAACACGAAUCACCCUAUUCUGGAGGGUAUAAGCCCAGUACCGUGGGGCCAGACACGGAUACCAGCUAUGGGGGCGCGGCUGGGGGAAGGGCGCAGUUUCCCAAUGCCCCGUACUAAAAGGGUUUAGCGGCAUGUAUCAUGACUAUUUUUAGAACAACGUGUUAGCGUUUUGUGUUUUGCUUAUAUGAUAUCCAGCUGCUAGGACUACCCUCGCAGUUUUCUCUACGUCAUAUCUCGAGAGUUCAUGUACAUAUAUAGAAUUGUAGACUACUUGGAGUUUUAUGAUGUUUAU